AAAUCGAACAGUUCACAUGCAAGUUGCAUUCCAGUUCGGUUAAUUGAAAACAGAGAAAAAAAAAUCAAUUUUCACUGAACGUGGUUCUGCAUUUUGGAUAAUUUUUGGAACUCAGCUUGCGGAAAGUUGUUUUGGAAGGACCAAGGGAACAGUGUAAAUGCUGGGAAAAUUGUUCAUGUGAAAAAUGAUACGAUUUAAUCAUACCAAAUGGAUGAUCUUAUUGAUUGGAAUAUAUUGUGUGCAUGAAAGUUAUGCAGAAUCAACCAAUAAAGCAAUAACUUUAAAGGAUACAAAAGAGAUGAAACUUGAAGUCACCGAUAAUGACGGCCGCGUUUUUGUGAAAGAGAUAAGGGGUGAAGAAAUGGCAUGCGUCAUGAAAUGCUUUCCCGUCAAAAGAUGUCGAACGAAAUCUACACCUGAAGAAGAGGUCGUUGUGCAAACAACUCCCACUCCGACAGAAAUAGACGACGUCACAGAUACAACAGCGUCCAAGAUGACAACGAUAUCGUUUCGAUCCGCAACAAGCCCAGCAAAAAAGGAACAAGCAGUAAGUGCAGAAACCACCACCGAAAUGUCGUAUAGUGCGAAGGAAGAAAGCCAAAAAAUCGAAGACGACGGAGAGCCCAUUUCACUAACAACAGUAACAUCACCAACAAUCACCAUCAACCGAAAAUCGGCUGCAGGAAGUAUUGCGACCGACCAACCACUAUCAUCUCUAACAUUUGAAACAAUUUACGACGUAAAGGCAGCGGCUACACCCGCAACUAAGCAACUUGAUCCGUAUUCUGAUUACAGCACAUUUUCAUCCGGCUCCAACUUAGAUACUCUCGAUUUGGUUACUUCAAUAGUACCACUCAUAACCACACCGACUCCGACUAAAUUCCUAAUAUCACAACGACAUCACGAAACGAAACCAACGAAUAAUUUACAGUCAACUCUUAUUCCUCCCAGCACCUUCAUACCACCUGCGGUAAGUCCACCAGAAUUCACGACUACUACUGAAGGUCGUCCAACCGAUAGUUACGCUGAUAACGAGCUGAAAACCCAAAAUUUGAGACGACAUUCACAUGAAGAGCAUGACGAUUAUGAUAUUGAGUGCGAUCCAACUGAACCCAAUUACACCGAACCGGAAUCAACUGAACCCAAUUCAACUGAGCCUAAUUCAACUGAACCUGAUCGAACUGAACCAAAUUCACCUGAACCCGAUUUUGUUCAUAACUUGCACAGUGAACCCGCCGAUACUUUUGACGAUAAAUCAAGCAUUCAACUGUCCCUAACAUCAACCGAAAGGCCACUUGUCACAACCAAAGUACAAACUGUCACGAUUGGUGAAUCUAUGCGACGAAUGUCUGAAUCUGAUGAGAUGUCAACAGAAUGUGAUAGUGCUGAAGAUCUUAAAGAAACACCGAAGUCUUCAACAAUCAUUGGACCAUCUAAUGAACUUCCAGCUUCAAUUAAUUUGAUAACCGACAAAAGAACAACAACAGGCCGAACAGCCAUAACUGAUUCAAUGCGUAGAAUGUCUGAAUCCCAUGAAAUGCAAACUGAAUGUGAUUCUCUGGAAGAGAUAGAUCAAACUGUGACAGAACCAUUUGUAACCGAAAUAACUUCAAUUUCUCCAACGGUUUAUUUAACAGAGCCAGUAGAAUCUACCACUAUGUCUCCGUUCAAUGAUCAGCUGACUUCAUUGAAACCAACAUUGCCAGUGAAUGUGAUGUCUCGUAGAAUGUCAGAGUCUGAUGUUGAAUGCAACAACGGAAACUCAAACGAAUUACUGAAGCUUAUGGAUAACGAUGGAAUUGCCAUCCUAAUGACACCAAUAAGUGACUCCAUGCGUCGAAUGUCUGAUUCGAAAGAAAAUUCGUCGGGCGGCUGUGAUUGGCAUGAAGACUUUGUUGAAGUGACGACGAUAACACCAUCUUUAUCCGGUUCAAUGAGAAGAAUGUCGAGCCAAGACCAGCAAACAACUGAGCAAAAUUUCGAUGAUCAUACAGAGUAUGUUACCGAAUGUGAUACAGUGGUUCCCGAAACUUCAAUGGAUGCUCAUAAAACAGUUGCAAUGAAAAAAAAUGCUACGUUAGAAUGCUGUCCAGAUAUGGUGUGUUCACUGCUUUAUCCGAAUAUGCCAAUUUGCAAUAAACCGAGAACCGCAAACUACACUCGUAAAUUGGCCGAAUUACGGGACAUGUUUUACUUAAAUAGGGCACAUGUUCUGAUUACCGAAAUUGUUGGCGAAACCACUGACGAGUACUCAAAAAAGAGAAUCAAUUCUGAGCGAGAUCUAGUCGGUUUGUGGAAUGACAUGCUAUCAAUUUCUCCGAACAACAUUACCGAGGGCUGUACGAACAGUUCUAGCAGCAAUGUUAAACAAAUUAUUUCCUCGAUUUAUUGCGUUUUAAAAUACACGGAUACGCUACAAACAACCGAUAGUGUUCUAGAAAUGGUUGUAGAUGCAGCCAAACGAGUUGAAACGGAGUUCAAUGGGAGCACUGGAAUGAACUAUCCUAAAUUUCGACGAAUACUUUUACAAUCUCUACCAAAAGUACCAAACCGGUCCAAUACAGUCUCUGCACUCGCCAAUUACAUGCAACACAAUCGAAAUUAUGAAAAUGAACGACUAUUGUUGCUUCAGCUUCUCAUUGAUAUCCAGCAAAGAUUUGAAAAGAAGACGGAAAAAUAUAUCGUCAGUCAAAUGAACAUACAGAUCAGAGAUGCCAGUAAAUCGUUACAGAAAAAUGGAGUAGGAGUUAACUUGCAUAGAACCUUAAAUUGAUCAGAUAAUGAUAAUCGAAUGAUUGCAGAGUAAAAACAUUACAUCGAUGCCGCGACUUCCAAAUUAUAGCACAAUAUUCAUAUUUAAAUAAAAUUUGAAAUGAAAUUCGG